UACCAUUAAGGUAAAGGAGGAAUUCUCAGCGCAUUUAGUGCAAAGCGGCGGGGAGGGUUGGCCCAGAGCGGCCUCAGGCGCCGGAGCGCAGGCUGGGGGCUCCAGCCCGGGAUGAGCGGCCGCGUCCCGCUGGCAGAGAAAGCCCUGUCGGAAGGCUACGCCCGGCGGCGGUACCGGGACACCUCCCUGCUCAUCUGGCAGCAGCAGCAGCAGCAGCUGGAAUCGGUGCCGCCCAGGACCUACCUGAGCAGGAGCCGGAGCAUGUGGUACUCACAGUACGGCAACGAGGCCAUCCUGGUCCGCGACAAGAACAAGCGCGAGGUCUCCCGGGACACGGGCCAGUCCAAGUUCUGCGCAAUUAUGUGACUGCAGUGUGACGACGGGGCUGGGGGCCACACGGAGAACCUGGGCCCCGCGUCCACUGUCCAGUGGCUUUCAGGCCUCGCGGACCGGCCGCGGCGCGAGAACCCACAAACCCCGGAAGCGGCGCCAGGCCCCGGGCACAGAGGCGGUGCGACGGCGCGGCCCGGCCACUCUGCGCGGCACGCCUCUCUGGGUAGGUGCCAGCACAUCGACCAAGAGGGCGCUCUGUUUACACACAACCUUUUCAAGGUUGGUAGGUGGUUUCUAUUUAUUUUUCAAUUACAACCGAUGUUCCAUAUAGUAGUAGUUUCAGGUUGUAAGUUGUUGUUCAUAUUCACAUCUGCCUAAAGAAUGGGUCAGAUCUAGAAAAAAGGUGAAAAUCAUCCCCGUAGGACCAGAACGAAUGUAACUUAAACCGUCAGCAAUGCGUUUCAGCCAGAACUUGUCGCAUCUGCGUUUAGAAUCUGGCCAUCAAAAAGGCCAUCGGGUGCAAGGCGCUGGGCAGGUUCCACACGAGCUUCCACGCGCCCGAGGACUGGCAGGUGGCGCGCCCAGAACACGCUGAGGAAACCUAGAAUCGCUUCCGAGCGCCCAUCGGUUGCUUACAGGGACUUCGGAUUUGACCGCCGGGCCGGGAAAGGCAGGCUCUCAAGGGACAGUGUCUCAGCCCCGGGGCGGCGGUGGCGGCAGCCCCCCACCGCCUGCAGGGCCUGGGGUCCGGUCAGCGCCGCGCACAGGCAGCCGAUGCCCCACGAGCGGGCCAUCGGGUCACUGAGGAAGGA